AUGUCGUGGCGCAGUCAAGGCAUCACAGGUUCUAACAACAUCCCCCUCGGAACGCGCCGUCGGUUUGGAGGUGAAGGCGAAGGCGACUCGCGAAAUGAUAGCUCUGCAAGCUCCCCCGCCUGGGGUGACUCGGGCAAGCGUGGGCGCAGUCCUCCCAGAGCUGAACCUGCGGCCGACGGUGUCAAGAGACGUAGAAAGCGCAAUCGCUGGGGUGAAGCCGGCGAGAACAAGGCGGCAGGGCUCAUGGGCCUUCCGACCAUGAUCCAGGCGAACAUGACAGCAGAACAACUCGAGGCUUACGCCCUCCAUCUCCGUAUCGAAGAGAUCAGCCAGAAGCUGCGCAUCAAUGAUGUCGUCCCUGCGGAAGCAGAUAGGUCCCCGUCGCCAGCCCCUCAGUACGAUAACUUCGGCCGUCGGGUGAACACGCGCGAGUUCCGCUACCGCAAACGACUGGAAGAAGAGCGACACAAAUUGAUUGAAAAGGCCAUGAAGACCAUUCCCAACUACCAUCCGCCCUCUGACUACAGGCGGCCGACCAAGACACAGGAAAAGGUCUAUGUGCCGGUCAACGACUAUCCCGAGAUCAACUUCAUCGGACUACUUAUUGGCCCUCGUGGCAACACUCUCAAGAAAAUGGAAUCCGAGUCCGGGGCCAAGAUCGCCAUUCGAGGCAAAGGCUCCGUCAAGGAGGGCAAAGGACGAUCUGACGCAGCUCAUACUAGCAACCAGGAAGAAGACCUCCACUGCCUGAUUAUGGCAGACACGGAAGAGAAAGUCAACAAGGCCAAAGCCCUGAUCCACAACGUCAUCGAAACCGCCGCGUCCAUUCCCGAAGGGCAAAAUGAACUCAAGCGAAAUCAGUUGCGCGAACUGGCGGCGCUCAAUGGUACUCUGCGCGACGAUGAGAAUCAAGCGUGUGCAAACUGCGGGCAAAUCGGUCACCGCAAGUACGACUGCCCCGAGCAGCGCAACUUUACCGCCAACAUCAUUUGCCGAGUCUGUGGUAAUGCUGGCCACAUGGCGAGGGACUGCCCAGAUCGACAACGUGGCAGCGACAUGCGCAACAACAUCCCUGGAGGAUAUGGUGGACCGCAACGACGUCUGGGCGCUGGCGGAGAUGCCGUCGACCGAGAGAUGGAGAAUCUGAUGCAAGAGCUUUCCGGGAACGGAUCUGGCAAUGGUCCGGCGGGUCGCAUCGAAGCUGCACCUGGCGGCUAUGAUCAGGGCGACUCGUACGCUUCCGGUGGAGAUUCUCGCCCCUGGGCACGCCAGCCGACGGGGGGUGUUGCCCCUUGGCAGCGAGACCGACAGGAACGACAGGAACGAGACUACGGCCAGAGAGAUUAUGGCCACCGGGGUUACGACAACCGAGACCAUGGCCACCGGGACGGCGACUCGUCGGUUCCUCCAUGGGCGGCCCAGAGUCGAGGAGACACACAAGGAGGAUACGGUGCCGCUCCCCAGCAAGGAGCCGCUCCCUGGCAACAACCCCAACACCAACAGCCAGCUCCAGCCCAGAACUAUGGGUAUGGUGGAUAUCACGGUUACGAUGCUCAAUCCGCAUACGGGGCGCCUCCUCCUGGACUCAGCUCCUUCUUACAGCAGUAUGGCGGCGGUGCUGCUCCCCCUCCGCCUCCCGACAGCACCCAGGCUCCUCCUCCGCCUCCAGAUCAACCGCCGCCACCCCCGGGUAUGCGUGACUACUAUCCUCCACCGCCGCCUUCGGUGUAA